AAAUUAUUUCCCGCCCUUUUUGUCGUAAACAGAAAAAAAACCACAGACGCGGCAAGACAGACAAAAGUUGUGUGUGUCUCUUGUAUCUCUGUGUUGAUCUAUGUCUGUCCCUCUGUCUUUCUGUAUAUCAUCCGCCUGCCUUUGUGUCUGGUUCCCUUAAUCUGUGCCUCUCAAUCUUUGAUUGUGGUGUGCUUGUGUCUCGCUUUGUCUCUGUGAAUGUCCCCCUGUCUGUCACUGUCGCUGUAUGUCACUCUGUCAUUCUGCGUCUGUCACCCAUUCAACCUGUAUCCAUCUGUCUUAUGUUUCUGCGUCUCUCCCUGUGUAUCUCACUCCUUACAUUUGACAAUAUCACUGUCUCCGUGUCUUUUUUGUUUUGCCUCUGUCUUUCAAUGUCUUUGUCAGUCUCAAUGUAUCGAACGAUCUCUCUCCUCAUCUCCCUGCCUACGGCUGCAUUCGAAUUCUAGAUUAUUGUUUUUUUUAUCACAAGACUAUAAUACGCGUUUGCCCGACUCGGAUAAGCAGGCCGGAAACAAUUUCGGAAAAUUCCUAAUUCAUAUGCGGGAGCCAGUUGAUACAAAGGAGACAGCCACUGUUGUCUUUACACAAAGUGGUUGCUGUAUUCGAGAGAUAUAUAUUGCCUUCGGGUUGACGAUGGUGGUUAUAGUGUUGGAUUGCAUUCGCCUUAGACGUGGGGUGGGGAUGUAUCAACGGGGUGCAGUUUGUACGUGAAGGGACAACGUGCUUGAAGUUAUAAUUCUGCCCUGUUGGUUAUUCUGUGCAUUAUCUUCCCAUUUGAUUAAUCCCGAGAUCAACACUGACGAACUGCCAUGUGUGUGAGCGCGUCGGAGUCGCGUUCUGCUCGGAGUUCUCGACUGACGACUCCGACGUUCAAUUAAAAGACACUUCGUUGGGAGUGAUUCAGCCUAUCAUUUUUUCUGUGCGGUUGAUCAAUUGACCACCGCUUUUUAAGAGAUAUGUUACAGUGGUUGUGCACAUAGACCGGUCAUGCUAAUGUACAAUGCCCACCAAUGUAUGGGGUUUAAGCAGGGGUUCAAUUUCAUUUAACAUCCCUUUGCGUUUGAGAUAAAGUACUGUAUUUUGAGAUUCCCUGCUUAAUUCUGUUUAAUUUCUAAAUGUGGUACUUUGUUCUUUAGAAAACAUUUUUCAUGAAUCAUUGUCCAUGUGUUUCAGGCUAAGAGUUUGAAGGCAGGUUCACAAUGGCAUCACAAGAAUUCACUGUGCUCUACACUCAUCAGAAGACCAAGAAAGCUAAGGCUUGGCAGGAUGGCAUCCUGAGAACCCAUGGCAAUGGCGGCAAGGCGAUUCUGUUUGAUGACAAAGGUUUGCGUCUGGACUCAGUCUUCCUGAAGGGUCAGAAAGUCACCGUUGGUUUGGAGCUGGAAAGUGACCGCUUCCUCAUAACAGUCGAGGAGUCGACCAAUCCUACAAAUUCGUUAGUCAGUGCCACCCCUAAACCUACCAAUCCAGAGCCGCCCAGACGUCCAUGCCUUCCCAGCUUCAAGCGGAAACACACCACCGGUAGCUUCCGGACUCCCCGCGAGGUGGAGGUGGAGGUGAAGGCAGAGGAGUCUUCACCGCCGGCACUUGGGUCGUCCCUCCCAGGAAAUGGAGACAGCAAGGCCUCCUCGCUGCAGCAGGGACACAGUGCCGUCUGUCAUCCAGACUACACCGAAGCCACGGAGAGUGGGCCUGGGAACACGGUGUUGCCAGCUCUGUGGGGCUCUCUGCCAGGCAGGAAAAGCACGACAGGAAAGAUGCCCCCUCGUGCGACUCUACCAUCAAAUGAGGAGUACAGAGGGAUUCCCAACAACAUCAGUGGGAGGAGAGAUGGUGUAAUUGUGAGGGCGGUUCAGCCAGCGGAUCUGGGCGGUGCCGAGGAUGGCAUUGGUGUUCUAUAUGAGGACAGGAGGGACAGGGAAGCUGAUCCUGACAGAAAAACAUCUGAGUGCAUUUUUGUGGUUGAUUCAAAUGGCCGUAGCACUGACGCAAAACGCACCAAAGCUCAAAUUCUGGCACUGCUGAUGCAAGGUGAUGGUGGAGGUGGGGCUGGUGCUGGUCAAUUUAACAACUCCCCAUCUUCCCAGGAGAAACACGCUUUUUGGGACCAGCAGUUUGAUCAGAAUGGCUCAAAAAUUGGGCAUACCGAUCGAAGUUCUUCUCAGGAUAAAGAACAGCCCAUCUUAAGCAAUAAACAACAUUGUUUGGGCAAACUGCAUUGCGAGAACCAGCGGCAGGCUUACAUUGAGAAUGUGCAGCCUCACAGGGGUGAAGAGCCUUCCCUGAUUGGCCAACAGCCUUCGCAAGACAAACUAUGGCCUUACAUGGGGAUGGACUCUUGCAAGCAGCAUUCCCAGGCCAUGCCACAGCCAUACCAGCAACAGCAGCAUUCUGAUCAGUAUAAACACUCUGACUGGAGCAAUGCAGAGUCGUCACAGGGCAGCGUACAGCUUAACCCAGCUGCAGAGCCUUGUCUUGAAAAACUGAAUCUGUACCAAGACAAACAGACAUACCAGAACAAAGUACAGCCCUUGAAAAGCAAAGUACAAUCCCAUGAAAGCCUACAGCCUAACCCAGACACACAGUCUGAAUAUUAUGAACUACAGUCCUGUUUGGAUGAUGAGCUUCACACCAUUGCGCAGUCAUCCUCAGAGAGACAGCCACCUUUUUUGGACAAAAUACAGCCUUAUACAGACAUGCAGCCAACGGUAGACAAACAGCUUCACUGUGCUGAACUAAAGCUUCAGAACAAACAGAAUCCCCCAGAAGAUCAACAUCCUACCUCCAAAAUACAACCCAAAAUAGACACACAACCUUAUCAGGGUAAAUCACAGCCCAAUAUAGAUCCACAGCUUCAGCAGGACACAUUGCAGCCAUUUCCAGUGUCAGUGGCAUUGCAGAAUACACUAGAGACUCAUCAGCAAACACAACAAGAGCCAACUCAUCUAGAUCCACAGUCUUCCCAGGACUCGAACUUGGUGCACAGGACGGUCCCAGCUGAUGUCAGAGUUUUUAGGACUGAGCCCACAAUACAAGACUCUCAGCCAAUGGUGGACUUUAACGUGUUCUCUGCAUGGGCAAGUGAGCUGUGGGCGGGUGACAGCCAGCCUGGCACAUUCUCCGAAGACGCAAGUGUACAGCCAGCCCAGCCACUACCUGAGCAGCUCCAUCCUGCUCAGUUGCCUGCAACACACAGUCCAGUCUCUGUAGCUGGGUGUGUGGCUUCAGAUGAGAGCUCUGCUGCUGCCAAUGGGGUUGGCACCCAUGCAGUGCUUCCUGACUCGUCUGGCUCUCUGAGUAUGACCGUGGAACCGUGCAAUAUUGAAGAUGAGAUGAGGUCUGCGCACUACGUGCCGAGCAAGGGGCACAGUGUGUGUGGUAUAGGUGGAAGUGAUGGUGGCGAAGAUGACGGGAUUGGUAGCAAGGGGGUCGAUUAUGCUUGUAACGUGAAGGCUAGUAACUCCGAUAGCAUCAUUUACGAAGACUGCUUUAUCGAUUCAGCACCCGUGAGUCCUGUUGAGGUUUCUCAGAGGAGAGGCAAGCCCAUUGCUCUCCUACGGGCAAUGGAAACCUAUGCAAGCCAGAGCCAGGCCUCUGUGGACACCAUGGACAUCUCAUUGAGCUUGGAGGAGCAGGAUGAACAAGUGGAGGAGGCGACAGAGGUUUCCUGUCUGCAGCGCUUCCAGCAGCAGCACGUGGUGAGCAGCCAGGAUGUGUUCCGUGACCCUGAGGGGCUCACACCGAUGCACGUACUUGAGCCGCAUCAGCAUUUCACUCAUCCCGAGUGUUUGUCUCCGAAAAAGAAGGCAGAUCCUGCUCAAUGCUUUAUGGCUCAGAGGCAGCAGCAGGACAUACUUGCAAGUGGUUCAUCGGAUUUUGAAAUGUCACGGUGUUUUGAAAUGUCACGGGAUUUUGGAGCUUCCACAGUACUACCUACACCAUGCCCACCAAUUGCGACACAAUCCUCCCAUGGACCCUCUUACAAACCCAGCUCGAUUCAGAUCCGUGGCUCUGGGUUAAACUCGGGGAGCUGGGAGUCCCCUGAGACUGGGACUUGGCAGCCUGCACCCCAUGCGAUAGACAGGCGUUUGGAAGGGCAAGAGGUUGUGGGUGGGUCGGGCAGGAGGCAGCACCCAGGAGAGGGGGCAACAACAUGGAGGCAACGGGGACAGGAGGAACCUGCGGGAAGAAGCGGCAGCAGCAGAUGGGACAAGUAUCACGACUCCUCCCUGGAGCAUCUUAUCGGAGCAGGAGAAGGCUGCUUUCCAUUUGAACCAUCCAUCAGUGACAGCCUCGCCACGGGUGAUGGUGAUGACGAUGACGAUGAUGGUGGUGAUGGAGAUGAGCUGGACUUUGAACUGGAGUUCAAUGUCUCAGCGGAGCCUACCCCGGGCUUCAACGAGUACAGCGCUGAGAGCGGCGUUUUAGAUUGGCCGUCACCAAGCACCCUGUCUCUACAACAACAGUGCUUUCCUAAUGAUGCUGUUGUCAUGGAGGAGCGGCGAAGCUGCACUCUCAUUGGCCCAUCUCCGGCUGAGCGCAGAGCGCUGAUUGGCCGCCGCUUGGGGUCCUCACUGGCCCGGUCACGGCCAUCUGUGGUGGUGUGUGGCAGCCGCCCUACAGGGUCUGGGGUCCUCUCACGUUGUCUGGAGUCCAGCAGGCAGGCCGUGCGCUUAUCAGAGCUGCGUUUUCCAUCCAUGGAGAGUGUCCUGAGGCAGCCGACUCUCAAACGAAAGAUCAUCAUUCCUGUGUCUUUCUCCAGCCCUGCUGCGUACAAAGACACCCUCUCGUCUGCCAUCAUAGAACACCUCAAUUUGAUUCUGCAUGACACGGCCUCUCGCCUUCACCGCAAGAAGAUAGGGGGCCUGGGCAGUCGCGGAAGGCACGUGUCUCUGUAUAGAAACUGUCGACUCUUCCGUCGGAGUGUAUCGGAAGGCUUUGGGGGUCGGACCCUGGUUCAGCGAUUCCGGAAAAAGAAAUUUGUGACAGAAGAGAUGAAUUCCGGAAUUAAGAGGAAACUCUUCCUGCUACUCAACCGCAAGGAGAAUCACAGCAGCUACAGCAAGGAUGACCUCUGGGUCAUUUCUACGGAUGCCGGGUUCCCUCCUGCCAACGUCAUGGUAGUGUGCAGUGUGUUCUAUGGCCCGUCAGCCUCUGGCGAGCUGGAGGUGUCUCCCUUGAGGGAACACACAUCAAGCACGUGGGCACAGAACGCGACUGUGCAUGCGAUUCACGUGUGCAAUGCCAGCUGGGAGCUAAGCUGCCUGCGGAACAUCCGUGAAAACGUGGAGGUGUCCACCUUGCCCAUCCUGCCUCUGAUGCUCAGCCUUGAGGGCUCACAGGAGCGGAGCGUGAAAUCUCGCCGAACUGGCUUCCGUCCCCCGCUCGUCCUGGCUCCCCCUGCGCACGGCAGUUGGGUCGACCCGGCCCAGACAUGGCCCAGGGAACUGGCGGAGCGAACCAUUGCGGAGCGGGGGCUCAACGGGGAGCAGGGUGACGUGCUGAGGAGAGUGGCCCACAUGAUACAAGCUGGGGCUGAGACGGCCGGGGUCACCAUAGUGCAAGGUGUGUUCGGCGCUGGAAAGAGCUUCAUGCUGUCCUGCAUUGUCAUGUACCUGAUCGGAGUCCUCCGGAGAGUCAAGCACGAGGCCGGAACCAAGAGGACUCCUCUCAGGGUCCUCAUCUCAGCCGCCACCAAUGUAGCAGUGGAUCGUGUCCUGCUGGGGCUGCUAGAUCUCGGCUUUGAAGAGUUUGUCCGUGUUGGGAGCAUCAAGAAGAUCGCCAAGCCCAUCCUGCCCUUCAGCCUGCAUGCCGGCUCGGGUAAUGAUAGUGACCAGCUGAGGGAGCUACAGUCCUUGCUGAAGGAGGAGCUCUCCCCAGCCGAGCGAGUGUUUGUCAAGCGCAGCAUCGAGACGCACAAGCUGGGACGCAACCGCAAUCUGCUGAAGGAGGUGAGUGUAGUUGGCGCCACCUGUGCUUCCUGCCCAUUCCCCAGCAUGGGUGGUCUAUGCUUCCCAUUCGUCAUUCUCGAUGAGUGCAGCCAGAUCACCGAGCCCAUGUCCCUGCUGCCCAUAGCACGGUUUGGCUGUGAGCGUCUCCUCCUGGUGGGCGACCCGCGGCAGCUGCCCCCCACGGUGCAGGGCUCUGAGCCGGAGCACGAGUCUGGCCUGGAGCAGACACUAUUCACUCGCCUCAAACACAUGGGACACCCCCUCGUGCAGCUCAGGACACAGUACCGCUGCCACCCGCACAUCAGCCUGCUCGCCGCAAGCCUCUUCUACCAGGGGGAGCUCCGUGAUGGCGUCGGGGUUGCCGAGCGGCCCAGUGCGGCCCCAUGGCUCCCCACUCUCGCCUUUCUCGAUGUGCCGGGGCAGGAGAAGAUGGACACAUGUGGCAGCUACUACAACAAAGCGGAGGUUGACGCUGCUGUCAAGUUGGUUGACGCCCUGGUUGAGAGCCGGGUAGAGCCUGAGGAAAUUGCUGUCAUCACUCUCUACCGCGCCCAGGCUGCCAGGGUGCACGAGUGUCUCAUGUCCCUCUCUGGCUCGCUGGCAGCCGUCCGUGUAUGCACGGCGGAUGCGUUUCAGGGUGGCGAGGUGCGCGUGUGCGUGCUCAGCAUCGUCCGUUCACCUCGAGACUCGUCCUCCUCUUUCUCCUCAUCAUCAUUUGUGGAAUCGGAGCAGCGUGCAUGCGUGGCUCUGACGAGGGCGCGUGGGAACCUGGUGGUGCUGGGUUGUGCUACGUCGCUUGGCAGGGGUGCCCUCUGGGGGCGGGUGCUCAAGCACUGCCAAGAGCGUGGAGCCGUGCUGAGUUCUCGGGAGUUCUCUGCUCAGCUUGAUCACAUCAUUGCUGCACGUGGGUGCGGGGAGCCCGAAGGCUCCAGAGGAUCAGAGCAGCCGCAGAAGAAACGGAGGAAACAAAAUCCAAGCAAGUCGCCCCAGGCCUCCAGGAAGCAGCCUCAACCCGGGGAUGUGGAUAUGCUGGGGUCGGACUGGGAAUCGGGCGAUGAAAAGCUGGCCCCAGAAAAUGAUCUCAACAAAAGUCAGGGUCGCCCACAGCGUCGCAGAAUCCUCGACCUCGGCUCAGAGUCUUCGGACGAAGAGUGAAUCAGUUCAUAGUCUCAGUUCCUGAGUUCAUAGUUACAAGGAGUUCCCGAGUCCAGUGAAAAGUUUUACGGUCUCAACUGAAUCUGGUAAAUUCUUCUCAUAUGCAGAUUCCAGGCUUGACAGAUUGGCAAGGAAGACACCUGGGCAGCCCCAAAAUACUGAAUGUUAUCAAAAACUAGGCAUAUCUUGCACGGAAGACCUUGUUUUAUAAACAUGAAACGUACUCUAUAUUCUUAGCUCUUUCGGUAAAGUCACGUUGAAGGGAAACAAUAAAAUAAUAAAAUAUAUAAAACAAUAUAUUUUAUUGUUUCCCUUCAACGUGACUUUACCGAAAGAGCUAAGAAUAUGAAUUACUGCAGUCACGAAAGCUUUAAAUCAAAAUUUAAGUAUACUCUAAUUAAAUUGGCUGAAGGUAAAAAGUGUUGGUGAGGUGUGGCAUCAACAGCUUUGGCCAUGAUGACAUCUUGAUCUUUUUCCGUGAAACAUUUGAAGAAAAAGUAAAAACCAAGUACAGAAUAACUAAAACAUCCCAAACAUUAAAUGCACCUGACAUGAGUCACAGCAGAAUAAAGCAAUAUUUAUAUUAAUAAUUGUACUAAAAUACAAAAUAAUUAUUUAUCAAGCUAUUCUAUUUUUCCAACAUAAAUUGAGUUGAUCAUUUAGAGAGAAACUCUUCCAUAGGAAUGUGGAAUAUUCACCACUCUGGGCUGCCAAUGGACAUGAGUGCCACUUAAGUUUGAGAAUACGCUUUAGCUUGUUUUAAAUUAACAAUGUGUUUUUAUUUAUUGUGCGUUAAUGUUUGAGUGUAAAAGCCUAAUAAACAAGUGUUGUAUUAUU